UCCAUACUGCUGGAUUUUACUGGACUAGAUCCCCACCUUUAGCACAAAGCUGAGAAAAGGAAUAUUUUUAUUUAACAUCUUUACAUCUGGCUGACCACAGGGAUGAGGCUAAUUUGUGGAUCGAAGGCUGAGUGAGUCACCCUUUAAUUUGGAGGACAUGAUUAUUUUAAUAGCAGCAACCAUCACAUCUUCCUGCUCCCUCACCAUGUAAUGAUCCAGGGACCAGGACAGGGCUAAUAUCUGGAUCCAUCUAAGUGACAGGACUGCUGUCUGUAUUGGACACAUUCCUCUUGGGACCUGGUUUAUCCCUGGAUAGUGUAUUGGCAUGUUCUGUUUCUGCCUGCAGAGUUCUCUGCUUAAGCUCCAUGCUCUGGAGGUGGAGGGGGGGUCUUCACAGGGGUCGUCCCCAGAGGAAAGCCCCCCUGCCCUGGGCAGCAAGGAGCAGAAGAGCCCCUGUGUUCCUGCUGAGCUGGGUGGGAAAGAUGGAAGGACUACAGCUCUCUGCCACAGAGCCCCAACAGAUGAGAAUCACCCACCAGAGCUUCUGACAGUCCUGACCAGACCUUCACAACCCUCCAGACAUCAGCCAUUAGCUUCCAUCCAUCCUAGCCAGCAGCCUCCGGUCUUUGAUGGGGUAUUGUCCCCCAGUCCUCAUCAUUCCCCACAGAGGAGCAGCCCUGGAUUUGAGGUGGGAGGAGGAAACGGCUCAGAGGGAGGAGGAGGUGGAGCUCUUCUCCAGCUACUGGCAGGACUUCCCAGUCCCCUGCCCUCUCCACGAUGCUGCAGCCCCAGCCUGAGGUUCAACUCCGACCCAGAUACAGCACCAUCACCACCCUGCAGCCAGCAAUACAUCCUGUGCAGGAGUCUGGGGGAAAGGACUGAAGUUUCAGAGGAAGAAUGUCCAACAUCCAUCCCUUUCCUCACCCGACACAUUCAAAGCCUGAAGAAGAGAGUUCGCAGGUUUGAGGAUCAGUUUGAGCAGGAAAUGAACUAUAAGCCGUCCCAUAAUGAUAAAUACACAAAUUCAGAGAUGGUCAGAGUUAUGAGUGAGCUGGCAAAAGCUCGGAAACAGCUUAAAGAGAUGAGACUUCGACAGUCAGUGUUUGAGUCGAAGGAGCAGAAAACCAGCGAGCCCUGCAGAUUGGGCUCUGGUCAGCAGGGCGCGUCAGACCACAAACCAUCUCUGGAAGAAACUGUAGAGUCUCUGUUCAGGCGGUUGAGAGAAAAGAGACAGUCUCUGGGUCUCCCUGACAACAUGAAGGAGAUGACGCAGUCACAGAUGGUCCUGGAGAAGAUAACACUGCAGAAAUGUCUGCUGUACUUCGAGAGUGUUCAUGGCCAACCGGAAACGAAACAGGAGAAGAACCUGGUGAAGCCUCUGUAUGACAGAUACCAGAUGAUCAAACGAUUACUUUGUGCCAGCCCCACUAUCACCACCAUAGAGGAAGAGGAGGGUUCGGAUGAAGAAUCUUUGAGCUCCUCGUUGGUUAGUGAUGUUCUAGUUCCUCCUUGCAGUGUGACGUGGCCAAUAGCGAGUGAGGACAGUGACCGGGAAAGUGACCCGGCCUUCGUGUCCCCAAUAGAGGAGGUGAAAGCCGUUCGUCAGCAGGCCACUCUUACCACAGCCAACCUGCAUGAAGCUUCCAGGUCUCAGCUGCUGGAGUGUUUGCGGCAAACCAGAGCUGAGAAGAAGAUCAGAAGAAAAGUUCUGAGAGAAUUUGAGGAGGAGUUUUACCGUCAGACUGGACGAGUCUGCCAAAAGGAGGACCGUACUCCGAUAAAGGAAGAAUACCAGGAAUACAAACAGCUCAAAGCCAAACUGCGGCUGCUGGAGGUCUUGCUCAGCAAACAGGACAUCACCAAAACUCCCUGAAGAUAAAGACCACAGAAGUAAAAUAAGCAAAAUGGUAUCAGAUGUUGAAAUUAGUACCAAAUGUCAGACAGGACAAUAACAUUUAUUUUUUAGAUAUCUGUGUUUCUGGUGUGUUACAACACAUUUCUGACAUGUUUCGUACAUGUUUCUGACACAACUGACGUUUCUGAAGUGCUUCAAACGUGUUUCAGGUAUUCAGUCUGAUUUGGUCUCGACCUGUCUGACAUCAGUCCAACAUAUUGGACGAGUGCAAAAUUAAUUUACCAAAUCAUUUGUCCCACAGCAAUGCUCUAACAUGUCAAUAUGACUGAUGCCUAUCCAUGUGUUCACCAGAUUUGUGCAAUGUAUCCAAAACAUUGUCAACACAUGUCCAAUGUGACCAUGAUUAAUAGAAAACAUGUUAAUGAUGUGUUUAACAGGUUGUCCUCAUAAGGUUAAAGUAUGCUUGACGUGUUAAAUGUGUUGGCUGUAUGUGUCCUUGAAUCUGUUGUAUGUCUGAACUGUCUGACUUUGUUUUUGAUGUUUCCAGCGAGAGCCACUACCAGUUUCCCAUCCCUUUUAAACUGCCGUUAAACUGAUACAUCAAAAUACCCGAACUUUCUGCUCCGGUCUAGGCCCACUUUAUUAUUAACAAACAUUCAUUCCAUCUCAGACAUAAAUUUAGUAUUUUUAUAAAGGUUCAAUGGGUCUCAGUACCCAUUUGUCAUGAAGGUUGCAAACAAUGAUUAGCAGCUGCCUGAGAUGGUUCAUUUCAUUUUACCACAUUAAAACCACAUUAUUUGAGCUAUUUUCAGUAUUAUGAAGGCAGCUGUAACAACAUGGUUUGUUUACGUAAAUUUCUUGUUUUUAUCUCUAACAAUUAUCACACACCAACAAAUGUGUCAGUUCAAAUCUUAGACAUGUCUGGACAUGCCUACUGUCUGCACUCUAUGCAGUUAUACCUUUAAUCAGACAAAGCUCAACCUGUGGCUUCAGCUGAUGGGAUGAUAAUUCCUCCAUUAUGGAUUAUUUUACAUUGGUUACCAACAGAUGAGGAAUCAAAACUAAUGGGUUAUGGAAUAUAAAUUUAAAGUGACCACCGAAAGUCCUGCAGGGGUGCUUUUUUAACUUGUUAGUUUAAAUCGACCAAGGAAAAAAACAAAACCUUACCCCACUUGUUGCAUGCAAUCAUUGAGGGUUACGACAGACAACUAGAGAAGAAAAAUGUGGCUUCUAAAAAGAUGAACAGCAUGCCAAAAGCAAAUCUGGUCCUAAUUUAGGUUUUAGAAAUCAACAAGUAGUAUAAUUAUGUCUUUUUAUGAGUUGUCAUAAUUAAAUUGUGCAUGACAUCCAGGUCCUUUCAUCUCAUCUAAACCUGCAAAAGAAAAUUGUCACUUUAUAUUGAUAAAUAUAUUCUAAUAUAAUUAUCAAUCAAUUAUAAUACAUCCGUGAUGUAUUAUAUUCUAAUACAGAACUAAUGUGCUGUUAGUGAUCCCAAAGAACAGAAAUCACCAAAUUAAUACUGUAUUAAAUUAUGUUUUUACCACUGUUUCUGUCUCUAGCAGUGGAGUUGACAAAUUCAGAUAAAUAUGGUGCUGUGCGUAUUCAGAGUGCAUCUCUUCAAAUCAUUCAACAUUUUUUUUAAAGAUAAAGGGAAUGGUAUGAUGAUAUAAUCCUAUUUAGGAGGUUGAUGCUCCCACUGUUUUGCCAGCAUUUGCUUGGCAAGAGAAUGUUUAGAUGUUAGAAUGCCACACUGAAUAAGGUGGAUGGGUAAACAAGCAUUCAUAAAGCAGAUAAACACAGAUCAUUAAAAAAAUAUAGCAAGAAUAUAGAGAAAUUUUAUUACAAAGACAUGUCAUCAACAACAAAAUGGUAACUUGAAAAAAAUAGUUUACAAAGAUUGCCUUUAAAUUUAAUACAUAACAAAGGGGUGUACCUUUUGUUAUUUCACGUUUAUGGUCAAAAUAGAAUUUAAAUUCCAACAAACUGAAGAAAAUAAAUGAAGAAACUGGAUUAUUUGACAGAUAAUCCAGUAUAUUUAUUUUUAUUUGGAAAUUUAUAUUUUAAAAAUAUAGUUUGACAUUUGUGCCUUAUUUAAUCAGUGUUGUUGAAAAUGUUGACAGGAAGCUGUGAUUAAAACAUGAGAACAAUCUAUAAUGCUACAGCUCCAGUUUAGAGGAAUAAUUCCCAUGGCAAUUAAAUAAUUAAAUGAUUAGUUUUUAAUGCAAAGUAGGAGAGAGAUUAUAAUUAUAUUUAAUAGUUCAUUUAAAAUUAAAUAAGAUGUUUGUUCUGAAGGCCAGAUUGCUUUCUUUGCUCUAUUCGGCAGAGUGUUUGACAGAGUGCCAAGAGGAAGCUCAACAUUUUACUUUCACAAGUGGAGCAUUUUAUAUAUAUAUGUGUAUAUAUAUAUAUAUAUAUAUAUAAUAAUAUAUAAUUAAUAUAAAUUCAUUAGAAAGUGCUUUAGGAUUAUUUCAAAUGCAAUGAACAUGGGGAUGGAAACAAAACGAAAAAGGAAGCAAGAAAACCACCGGGACUACCACAACCCCCCCAGAGGAGAGCCCCAGGGGAACCACUCAGCAGCCACAUUGCUGAAACCACAGGGAGCUACAGCAAUGAGCCCACAGGCCUCGCCAGAAGCCCACUAUGCUGUUGCAGAUCUAGCCAUGGACCCAUCACCCCCAAGCAGAGGCCCGACAGAGCCAGGGUGCCCAGGCCCCGGCAAGAAGCCACCGUGAGUGAGCCGGCACACACCAAAGCACCCAGCCGCGGACACAAAAACCACAAGUACACCAGCGGGCAGUUACACCAGCCACCGGCAGGGAGUGUGGCAAGGAGAAAAUAGGCCCCACAUUUAAUAGGGGGCCUAAGCUGAUCCAGGAGAGGGAACAGCAUAAGAGACCCAACCUCACACAAAAACAGGCACACACAAUCACAAUCACAUAUUCCCACCCUCACAUGUGUACACAUAAAAAAACCUCACACCCACACACCUUACAUAAAAGCAAUCAAAAAAGGACAUCAUACAAUGACUCACAAUCCCCAUACAUACACUAUACUCCCAGGUCCAGGUACUGAUACCCCAGAGGAGCAACCAGCCCCCAGACCCAGGAGGUAGUUCCCUUCAUUGCAGGGUGGAGACAAGCAGGCUGUUCCAGCACCAGGCCAGUGCCGGCACCACCCAAACCUGAAUGACCCUGGCCCAGACCCAGACCCUCCGGCUCGACCACAGACCCCAACAAUCUCCGCGCCCAUUAGGAGAGGGGGUCAUGAACAAUAGAGGGAGCUACCUGGUCCAAACGAGCCCGACAACCAGAGCCACCCCAGGACAAAGCAGCCCCAACCCCCAAUUAAUUCCGAUCUCAACCACAUAAGCCCCCCACCCCCAAUGAACCUCAACAUAAGGUUACAUAACACACCACAUUGCCGCCACUGUAGUGACAGCCCAGGGAAAAACACCAAUCAGCUCAGCUCCACCGUCACUGCACAGCCAAUCCAAAUGCCGGUGAGCACACAUCCAAAAAGAGGACCCAACCCCCACCACACAUGUUGCAACCUGUCCACAGCACCACCACCCCUGCCCCCUAGUCCUUCUCCCUGGAGGAAAGGACUGGAGGGAAGGACUAGGGGGCAAAAUGCUCACGCAGCCCCCUGCCCAAAAAAGCCACCGAUCCCAACAAAGAGGAGUCAGCCGGAAGCAUGCAGCGACAACAAAGAGUGCUGCCCCAUUCUAAAAUAACAGCAGACCAUCUGGCCAAACACAACAGCAGUAUGCCACACAAAGGAGGAAACACAACCAACACGCUCAACCACCCCCAAACCCAUGGCACAGAGGCAACAGAGUGCCCCAUCCCAGAUGCCCCCCAGCCUGGCACCUAGAUCACAUUCUAAACCAGGCCAGUGGAGAAACAAAACACUCCCCACACCGAGGUGACCAAUAAGCCACGCCCAACCCAAAACGUCAGGCCAACCCAAAUGCCAACCCCCAGCCAGUUUGGCACACGUGUCCCAUAGACAAACUAACCAAAAGUACCCAGAGUCUUCACUGUGCAGAUGCGCCCCCACCAGCCUCCCAACAAUAACCCCCCUUACAAAAGUGCACCCCCGUGAAAAGAAGACCGACAACAUCCAAACCCAAGAACUCAUGCCCAACACCCAUACCCCAGCCAGAAGUAGCCCCAUGAGAAAAUCUUCUGUGGGCUUCAGCCCACAAAAGGCAGAGAGCCCACUGAGCCAAAACCAAAACCCACUGAGAAGCGAGACCACUCCACCCCGAGAAAAACUCCGGCCAGCCCACCCACCCAAACCAUGCAGACCCGUCAGGAACCGGAACCAAGAUAAAGAACCACAAUCCAAACUGGAACUGCCCAGUCCCAAACAAUGCCUAUCCCCAUCCACGGCCAACCACCCACCCCCACCCC